UUAUUUAUUUAUUUAUUUAUCAUUAAACACUUGACCGAACUCAGACCAAACUAUUCCACAAAUGAGCCCAUUGAAUUACACUUCACUCUUACUGACUUUAUCUAAGUUUUCAACCCUUCUAUAAGCAUUACAUUCAGCACACUUUCUGAUCCUUCGCAGGUCAAACCAUAGUAUGGGUCAAUAUCGUGCCACCUUCGAGCACUAGACACCGUAGGUAUAAUCUCUCGGCCUAGUUCACUCUUAAGCAAUCGUGGCUGCUACAGAUGGAGCUGAUCAGCGUGGGACGCGCCGCGUGCCAGGAGGUGUGUUCAGUUCACACAGAUGGUGCUCUGUCGCCACUCGGUGCCAUAAUGUGUGUGAAGAAGCCCAGGGAGAUUUGCGCUCCGACAUGUGUGGAUUUGUAGCCUCCAAAAUCACGCUCCAAACUCCUGGAAAUGGUGAUGGAGAAGGACUGCUGGCUGCUUCCCUGCGCGCGAAAACGCACGGUUUGUUUGCUUGGUUUUGUUUGGAGAGGUGCGCUAGAAUGUGAUUCAGGAGAGUGAUUUUGACUCAGAAAUAUGUAACUUGAAACUUGAAACAAAGAGCUCAAAGCCAUGUUUAAAGGAGCUAUGGCUCGCAGAAAUGUGCUGCUCUUUGGGCUCGUUUUCUCCCUGCUUUGCGCGCACACCCUCGGACAGGUGUUCAACCUGACGCUCUCCAUAAAAGAGGGCCUGCCAGCUCGAACCAUUGUUGGGGAUCUUGCAGCAGGAUUAAGCAGGCCAAGCACCGGAUUCUUUAUCUCUGAGAGCAGAGACUCUUAUGUGUUUAGAGAUUUGGAGAUAGAUGUGGACACAGGGAUCAUCUCCACGGCUGUGGUCCUGGACAGAGAGAGCAGAGAGAAGUAUGAGUUUGUGGCAGCCACUCUCACAGGAGAGAUGAUCAGAGUGAGAAUAGAGGUGCAGGAUGUGAACGACCACUCGCCUGUGUUCCCCUCAAAGGAGGUUGACUUGGAAAUCUCAGAACUGAGCCCACCAGGGAGUCGGUUACAGCUGGAAGGGGCGAGAGAUAAAGAUGAAGGGGAGUUUGGUACACAGGGAUACAGGAUCACAGAGAGUGACAUGGGGGAGUUGUUUCGGCUGGAGUAUCGCAGUGGAUCUGAAAACCAUCCGAUUGUGGAUCUCAUCCUCAUGCGACAUUUAGACAGAGAAACCCAAGACUUCUACUCCCUCGUCAUUGAGGCCUUUGAUGGAGGCAUCCCAGCCAGAUCAGGGACUCUCCAGGUAAACAUCAAAGUUCUGGAUGAGAAUGACAACCCUCCAGUGUUCAACCAGACUGAAUACCAUGCCUCACUUCCUGAAGAUGCUACAGAGAUGUCUGUAGUAUGUCAGGUACACGCCACUGACCUUGACAUAGGAGAGAACGGAAGAAUCACUUAUGAGAUCAACAGGCGGCAAAGCGACCCAAGUGAGUUCUUCUUCAUCAACGAAACCAGCGGGGUGGUGUAUCUGAACAAACCGCUCGAUUUUGAGACUCAUCCUUUCCACGAGUUGAUCAUCAGCGCCAGAGAUAACGGGGUUCAGCCUGAGUACAGCAGCACUUUUGUUGGCGUGAAGGUGCUUAACAUCAACGAUAACAGCCCCAUCAUCAGUGUGCUGUUUCUCAGCGAGACAGGAGAUUCAGUGGUGUCAGAGGCAGCAGCAAUUGGGGAGUACGUCGCCCGGAUUUCAGUGUCAGACCCAGACUUUGAGGAGGAACGGGUUGCUGUCACACUUGAGGGUGGAGAUCAGAAGUUCACCCUGAGGCAGACGGAUGAUUUCCUGUAUGCUCUGUGUGUCAACUCAGAGCUGGACAGGGAGGAGAAGGAUCUGUAUGAGCUGAAGGUGCAGGCAUCAGAUGAUGGGAAUCCAUCUCUCAGCAGUGAGGUGGUCUUCCUCCUGAAGGUGGCCGACACCAACGACUGCCCCCCAGUGUUUGAAAAGGAUGCGUACGCCGUCAUUAUCCCUGAGGACGCUCCUCUGGGGAGCUCCAUCAUCCAGAUGCAGGCCCAAGAUGCAGACGAGGGCGUCAACUCAGAGGUCAGGUACUCCAUCCUGAAGUCCAGCCAGGACAGCCUGAUCAGCAUCGACCCGGAGUCCGGCCUGGUCACGACGGCUGCAGAGCUGGACAGAGAGACGCAGGCAGAGAUUUGGUUCCUGGUGGUGGCGGCUGAUGGAGGAGAACCAGCGCUGUCGUCCACGGCUACAGUCACUGUGCAGGUGGAGGACAUCAAUGACAACGAGCCGGUGUUCCAGCAGCAGCUGUACAACGUUUCCAUCCCAGAGCACAGCGACAUUGGAAGAUGCUUUCUGCAGGUUGUAGCCACAGAUGCAGACAGCCGUGAGUUUGGUGCACUUCUGUACUCUCUGUCUGACGGCUUUGACAAACAGGACAAACACCCUCUCUUCAAAAUUCACCCACACACCGGAGAACUGUGUGUGUCUCAGGAUAUCGAUCGAGACUCAGGACAGACGGUCCACGACAUCCUGAUCAAAGCUGAAGAUCCAGGAGGCCUAAGCGCUCAAACCUAUGUGCACAUUGAGAUAGAAGACCUGAAUGAUAACAGUCCGGUGUUUAACCCUGACGAGUACACCAUGAGCAUCAGCAGCCACACGCAGCCCGGCACAGAAAUCCUCAACGUCAUCGCUACUGACCGAGACUCGGGCCGCUUUGGACAGGUCACCUACAGCAUCGUGCCUGGUGACAUGUCCAGUUUGUUUGCGUUGGACAAACACACAGGCAUGCUCUUCCUGACCUCCCCUCUCACCCACCUGGGCUCAGCUAGUGUGAAGCUUUCGAUAUCAGCUCAGGAUGGGGAGGGUUUGACCUCCGUCAGGCCUGCAGAGGUCACCAUCAACGUUUUACGCAGCGCCCAGGCUCCAGCUGUGUUCCAGAGGUCACGUUACUCCUUCACAGUGUCUGAAGACGCUCCUCCUGGGACCUCUGUAGGGAUAGUGAAGGCAGUAAAUCCAGCAGACUCCAUGGACUCUGUGUCCUACAGAAUCUCCUCAGGAGACCCUCAGGAGUUAUUCUCCGUUCAUCCAAAGUCUGGUCUGAUCAGCAACAUCAAACCCCUGGACCACGAGUCUCAGCCGUACGCUCUGCUGGUUCUUCAGUCCUACACCGACUCCUCUCCAGUUUACAGCACCACACAGGUCAACAUCACCAUCGCUGACAUCAAUGACAACGCUCCUGUUUUCCCCAAACUCAGAGACACCAUCACCGUGUCUCAAAACACACUCCCUGGGACGGUGCUGUUCAUUGCUCAUGCUCACGACUACGACAGCGGAGUCAACGGGAGAGUGCAGUAUUAUUUGAGAAGUAGUAGAAAUGGUUUGUUUGACAUUGAGAGAAACUUUGGCAUGGUAACUUUAAAUCAGAGUUUACAGGCAGAUCAUCAGCAGAGGUACAGUCUGGAAAUUUUAGCCAAAGAUGAAGGGGAGCCUUCUCUCAGCUCAACGUUGACCCUCACUGUGAACGUCGACCGCACUGCACAUGAAGACAGCCUCGCCUUUGAGACACUGGUGUACCAGGUGGAAAUUGGCGAGGGCUACAGGAAAGAUUCCAGAGUCAUCCAGGUGAGGGCGCACAAGAGCCGAGGAGCUCACAUGUCAAACUCAGGCAUCACGUAUUCCUUAGAGGGAGAGGCCGGAUUCCCACCUGCUCCAUUUCGGGUUCACCCAAAGACUGGGUGGUUGUACCUCUCUGAAGGUCUCGACUAUGAGACAGAGUCUGUGUUUCGUUUUCGAGUGUUGGCAACAUCCAAGGAGGCCUCGCUGGCGAACAUGACAGCGACAGCUACAGUGACAGUGCUGGUGCUGGAUGUCAACGACAACGCCCCGGUGUUCAGCAGGGAGGUGUACUACUUCACCGUGUCAGAAGGGGCAUCACCUCGGGGCCUGGUGGGGACAGUUAAAGCUGUGGAUAAGGAUUCUGGGAAAAACGCCCAGCUGUCUUACAUCCUGCUGUCAGAUGGGAAGUUCUUUCGAAUCAACGCUAAAACAGGUGAGAUUAUAAACUGGGUGGCAUUAGACCGGGAGCAGCACAGCCAGCACAGUCUGAAGGUGAUGGUGACGGAUCAGGGACACCCUCGUCUCAACGCCACCACCACCGUUCACAUCCUGGUCACAGACAUCAACGACAACACUCCUCAGUUCACACACCUGCCAUUCAGCAGGGAGCUCAGUGCUCAGAUAUGGGCAGGUCUACCAGCAGGAUCCUUGGUGACAAACAUGUUUGCUAAAGACUUUGAUGCAGGAGAAAACGGAACAGUCACCUUCUCACUGCUCAUAGUUGGUUUUGAGGAUGAGGGUGCUGAACACUUUGAGAUUGGCAGUGAAAGUGGAGACAUCAGGACAACAGAGGUUUUCACACAGGGAGCUGAGACAUACUACACUCUGCACAUAACAGCCAGAGACGGUGGAGUCCCAGUGCUGGAGAAUACUGCUAUCAUCCACAUUCAGGUUCAUGGAUUGGAAGCUCUGUACGGACACUCUGACCAUCAAACUGUGAGGCAUUUUACUGUGAAAGAGGACGCAGAGCCAGCGACUGUGAUAGGCUCUGCUAGUGUUUCAGGUAAAGAUAGACUCCAUUACUCCAUCUCUGAGGGUGACGGAAGCGUUCACUUCGGCAUUGACAGCUCCUCUGGUGACAUUUACAUCAACCAGCCGCUGGACUAUGAGUCUGCAGAUCAGUACUUCCUCUUGGUUAGAGCUGAAGAUGUGAGACUGGCUCCAGGAGUGAACGUGUCCGUGCUGGUGAGCGUGAUGGUGGAGGAUGUGAACGACCACACGCCCUGGUUCCCAGAGAAGCUGGUGACGUUCGGUCUGUCGGAGGACGCUGCAGUCGGAUCGCUGGCUUUUGCUUUUCACGCCAGGGAUGCAGAUGGGACAUUUCCUAACAGCGUCCUACGAUACUCACUGACCUCUGACCCUGAAGUCAGUCACUCCUCGUCACGCUUCCCCUUUCAGAUCAACCCGUACACCGGGAGUCUGACCGUAACAGCACCAUUAGACCGGGAGACCACCCCGAGCUACACCUUCACUGUGACGGCUACCGACCAGGCAAAGAGGAAGGAGGAGCGUAAGCAGGCGUCAGUUACGACUCAGGUCUUCCUGCUGGAUGUGAAUGACAACCGGCCUGUGUUUGUGUCAGCUGAUGCGAUUCAGGUUAUGGAGGAUGCAGAGGUCGGGAGUCUGCUGCAUCAUUUUGUGGCCAUUGAUGGAGAUCAAGGGGAGAAUGGGGUCGUCUCCUACGUCAUAUUGGCUGGAAACAAGAGAGGGUUCUUCACACUGGAGGAGAAAACAGGCCUGCUGUUUCUCUCUGCCCCUCUGGAUUAUGAAACACAACGUCUCCACCGUUUGACCGUCCGAGCGGUGGACCAUGGCCUUCUGUCGCUCUCCUCCACACAGACUCUGACGGUGGAGGUGUGGGACAUUAAUGACCAGAAGCCUGUCUUCACUCAGAGCGUCUACAACGCCAGCGUGGCUGAGAACAGAGACCCUGGAGAACCUGUGGCUCGGGUGUCUGCUACUGAUGAGGACUCAGAGGAGAACGCAGUCGUGUGGUACAGUUUGCUGCCCGGCCCCGGCUACGAGCUCUUCAGCAUCAACCCGUACACCGGCCUGAUCACCACCACCUCCUACUUGGACCGAGAGCAGCAGCAACAGUUCAACCUCAGAGUCCAGGCUCGAGACAGCAGCACCCGGCCUCUGUCCAGCACGGCUACAGUGCUGUGCUCUGUGCUGGAUGACAACGACAACCCUCCAGAGUUCAUGCAGUCGUCCUUCCAGAUCAACCUGCCAGAGAACCUGCCUCCAGGGGUGGUCCACACCGCCCAGGCCUACGAUCCAGACCACGGAGAAAAUGGAACCAUUCACUACUCCAUAUUAGGGGAGGACUACAGAGGUCGCUUUACCAUCAACAGCCACACAGGAGUCGUCAGCACCACACAGCUCCUCGACCGAGAGGAGAGGCAGAAUUACACGCUCACCAUCCAGGCCCGUGACUACGGCCCCAGCCCGCUCAGCUCCUCCACCUUACUCCAGCUGCUGCUGCUUGACCAGAACGACAACAUCCCCUCCUUCACCCGUAAGAGCUACCACGCCUCCAUAAGUGAGAGCCUACCUGCAGGAGCCGAGGUGCUGCAGAUCAGCGCCUUUGAUCCCGAUGAGGGUCUAAAUGGGGAAGUGGCGUACUCUCUGACGGAGGACAGCAGCCAGGGCGCGUUCUCUAUAGACCCUCUGACAGGAGUGAUUCGCACCACCAGGUCUCUGGACCGUGAGAACAGGGCCUCAUAUACCCUACGAGCCAUGGCUACCGACAGCUGCACCCAAGGCCCGCUGAGUUCCAUGGCAACUGUGACCAUACAGGUAGAAGACGUGAAUGACAACGUGCCAGUCUGUGAUGAGAAUCCCAUCAACGCAUGGGUCUCUAUGAGGACUCUACCUAAUGAGGUAGUCACCACUGUGACAGCAACAGACGGCGACCAGGGGGAGAACGGGACCAUACGGUUCACACUGUCCGAUGAGGAGAAUCUGUUCGAUAUUAACAGUGAGACAGGAGAGAUCUCACUGAGGAGACGAGUCAGAGCCGGGUUCUCAGGGAGGAAGCUGCAGAUUCUGGUGUCAGACCGAGGACGGCCCGCUUUAACCUCCACCUGCCUGUUUUUCAUCCACCUGAAGGGAGAGCAUGAAAGACUCCUGUUCACAAACAAGAUGUACAACGCCACUGUGAAGGAGAACAGUAGAGCUGGCACUUGGAUAGCAAAAGUGGAGGCCAGCGAGCAAACAAACAGCAGACAGAGGAUCACAUACACCAUCUUCAGCGGCAACGAGAAUCUUAUUUUCUCCAUCAACCGGUACACGGGUGAGAUCCGUGUACAGAAAGAUAACUCUCUGGACUUUGAGGUGAGCCCUCAGAUCCAGCUGGUGGUGCUGGCAGACAAUGGGCUGCAGACGGCUCACUGCAGAGUCUCCAUCAGCCUGCUGGAUGUCAAUGACAACGCACCAGUGUUUGAACACAGCAGCUACAGGACAGCUGUGUGGGAGGGACAAGUGCACAACACCUACAUCAUGCAGGUGUUUGCAUCUGAUGCUGACAGCGGAAUAAAUGGGCAGAUUGAGUAUUCAAUUGCGUCCGGGAACACUAACGGAGCAUUCAUCUUGGACUCUGUUCGUGGGAUUCUUGCCACAAACGUCUUACUGGAUCGUGAGAUCACACCCUCAUACAAGCUGGUUCUGCAGGCAGCAGACAGAGGGAACCCUCCACUCAGCAGCACCACCACCAUCAGAGUCCAAGUGGUAGAUGUCAAUGACAACAGUCCAGCCAUCCCCCCAAUGGAGCCUGUGCUCAUAGCAGAGAAUCUGCCAGCAGGUUACAUGGUCACCCAGGUGACUGCGAAUGACGUUGACCUGAGCUCCACCAUCACUUACAGCUUUUCAGACAACAGCAGCACCAAUAACCCCUUUGCCAUUGACCAGUAUACCGGUGUGAUUACUUUGACUCGAGCUCUGGACUACGAGGAGCAGACAGAGUACAUGCUGACAGUCUGGGCUUCUGACUCUCUCCACCAGACCUCUGGGGAGGUCAAAGUUCAAGUGCUUGACGUCAAUGACAACGCACCAGUCUUUACCAAGGUCUCCUACCAGGUGGAGAUGUCAGAGUUGGUCUCAGCUGACACAUUAGUUCUGACAAUGUCUGCAACCGACAGAGACUCUGGACUUAACGGCAAGAUUGACUACAGACUGCUUUCAUCUCCUUUACAAGGCUUUUACAUCCAUCCAGACAACGGGACUGUUUUCACCAAUAAACCUCUAAAGGCGAUCACAAACAACAACCUGAUCCAUGUACUGGUUGAAGCUAAAGAUGAAGGCGAUCCUGUGCAGUCGGCUGUCACCUCCAUAGAUGUGCUGAUUAUAGACACGAAUGACCACGCGCCAUUGUUCCAUCAAGACAUCUACACCCUCACUGUCCCAGAGGACACUCCCACAGACACCACACUACUGACGCUGUCUGCAGAGGACCAGGACUGGAGCCCUGAAAAUACUCAUUUGGACUACAGCAUUAUCAGAGGAAACGAGGAAAAGCGAUUCUGCCUGGAAGUAAAAAUGGUUCAGGUUGAUAAUCUGAUUAGAAAUGUAGGUAAGGUUGUUCUGUGUAACCCCUUAGAUCGUGAGCUCACUGAGAGCUAUGCACUUACAGUGAGUGUGUCUGAUCGAGGAAUGCCGCCACUGAACAGCUCUGCUGUUGUUAUGGUGACUGUAACAGACUGCAAUGACAAUGCCCCCGUCUUUGCCAGCACAGAGUACCAUACACAAGUGAGUGAAAACAGCCAUGUAGGCACCAGGUUGGUCCAGGUUAGUGCUCAGGAUCCAGAUUUGGGAAUCAAUGGACUGUUGCGUUAUGAAAUUGUCUCAGGAAACGGCAAAGGUCACCUCAAGCUGGACCCACAGUCCGGCCUCCUGGUUGUCAACCACUCACUUGACUAUGAGGAAGACUCAAAAUACACCGUCACCAUACGAGCAACUGAUGGCGGUGAAUCCUUUGAGGAACCUAAAGUGGCUUUUACUGUGGUCUUCAUCAUAGUGUUGGAUGAAAAUGACAACUCUCCAUACUUCAUGUUCCCUACUGUUAACUGCUCUGUGCUGGAGAACCUUCCAGCAUUCACACACACCUGUUCCGUCCAUGCUAUUGACAAUGACUCAGGACCUUAUGGCCAACUCACCUACUCUAUUUUGACCUCCUGCUUCAUGGACUAUGGCAGUGGUGGUCCUGAGAAGAAGGAGGCCUUUGCUAUCGAUUCCCUAACUGGCGACAUUCACACUAGACAGACCUUUGAUUACGAGCGAGAGAGUGAGUACUGUUUUGUAGUGGAGGCCAGAGACAAAGGAGACAAAGCAGCUACAGUGAGGGUCCAGGUGAGCAUCAAGGGAAUGGAUGAGUUUAGUCCCGUCUUCACCCAGAAGCAGUACCAUUUCCUCCUGCCAGAAAAUGCUAAGACUGGAGACAUGGUCGGUUACGUGAUGGCAAUGGACCAUGAUAGAGGGGUUGAUGGGCUGGUGGAGUACUCCCUUAUCAAGACAUCGCCAUUUUUCUCAAUUAACAAAACAAUCGGGGCAAUCUUUGUGUCAGGUCCUGUGUAUCGCAGGCGAGGCAGCUAUGAGGACAUGGUGAAGCUGGUUGUGUCUGCAGGUAGUCCAAGAUUGGCCUCCAAGACCACCAACUGCCUGGUUCUCGUCAACAUCUCCAGCUCAGCAGAGGCACUCACCGGGAUGCCUCUUGAUGCGCACAUGCUCAGUCUGAGUGUCUCUCUGAUCAUGUUCCUCCUUGUUCUACUCAUAUUUGUGUGCCUGGUUCUCCGGUACAAGUUAAAGGAAGCAGCAAUCAAGAAAGCUUCUGUCAUUGCUGCAAACUUGAACCAUGGCACAGGUUCACUCUGUGGAUCAAAUAGAGGAACACAAAGUCCAAUCUCUUUGCAGGACCUGAAACGACCUGGUAUCUAUGUGACCCAAAGAGACAUUUUAAACCCAUACAUUCCGUCUGACUCAAGUGGCCGUGGAUCGGCAGAAGGUGAGACCGCAGAGGACCAGGAGAUAAAGUGGAUAAAUGAGUACCCCUGCCGUAAAAGAGACAUGUCUCUAGAGAGCAACCAGAUCGCAGAGAUCCAAAUCUCUGACUUUGCUGCAGACAAUAUCUCGUGUAACUCUAUUGAUGUGGGGCCAGGGAACAUUGCAUCCCUCAAUAAAUGUUUAGUCUCGGGGAUGGCCAGCACAGAAAGCCUCCACCACUUCAAAGAGGAGGGAGGGGGUGAGGGGCUUCUUCCAGCAAUACUUCAGGUAAGGGAUUUGGAGGAGUGCAUGAGGACGAGUGGGUACGCUCCCUUGUCAGGUGUCCACGCAUCUGCCACUUCUCUGUCCUCACUGUUGUGUCUAGAGGAGCAGCUGCAAGGGAGCUACAACUGGGACAGUGUUUUGGAUUGGGAGCCACGCUUUGAGACUCUGGCUGCAGUUUUCGAUGAUAUCGGGAUGCUCCCCGAUGAGGAGCUACAAGGCGGCCGGGAGGACUUAGCAGCAGAAGCAAGCUGUCUCAUGUACCCACCGCCUCUCCUAACGGGAGUGGCUCAGCCUGGCAUUAGAACUGUACCACCACGAAAGCCAGUGCGCAUGCCAAAUCUGAGAAGGAAGCCCUCUCACCGCAAAUAUGCAUAUUCCCCCUUAGCAAGGAACACAGGACUUACCCCUUCAGUCAUGACCCCCACUUUCUCCCCUUCACUUUCCUCGCUAACUGUAAGAACUCCCAGUGCCUCACCUGUUGUCUCUGAGACCGGGGUAGGAGGUAUCAGACUCGACUCGGGGCCCCACACUGCAAGCUUGUUGGAGGCAGAAAUCCAGGUGUAGACAUGAACUUUCUCAAAGUUUGUGUUACAUUCAAUUCCAUCUUCAAUACAUUACCUACAGCAAUAACUUGCUUCAUUGUAAGAGAUGUUGCACAGUUUAGUUUGAUUGCAUACUUAAAUAUAUUUACAUGCAUACAACUGCUCCAGAGAUAGAACGUGAGGUACUGGACUUAUUUUCUGUGACUGGUUUUAAGGUUAAAGAAUUACCAGGCGAAGUUGUCAUUUGAACAUGAUGUAGUCAUUUCAUACUUAGAUUGGGGUUUGUUUCAUAACUCACUUCUGUAAUUAAACUAAUAUCUGGAAAAGCCUGAAGUCAUUCUUACAUUAUAUUUUUCUGAAGCAGUGCUUUGAAUAAGAACGGUUGUUCUAGCCCGCACUUAAUUAUUGAAUGUUUUAUAGUAAACAUGUUUAUAUGUGCAGAAAAUGAAACACUCUCUUAUUGAAAUUGGUCGCAGCUUCUAAAUGAAAAGUUUUUCAAGGUUGGUUUAACUUUAAUAACCAAAGAAAGGCAACAUUGUUCUGUGGUUCUCCCUGAAAUCAUUAAAAAACUAUGUUUUAAAUCCA